CGAGAAGCGGCGGUAUCAGCACCAGACCGAAGUAAAGCCAGAACAGAGCAUAGGGCGCGAGUGAGAGACGAUAACGAAGGAAAAGAGUAGAAAGCAGCGCAGCGCAACGUUAUGUUUCGGCGUUAGUGGUAGUGGCAGCGGCACAGCGGCAGCGCAGUAGCAAUUCGACAGAGGAGCUUACGACUCGGUUCUCGACAUGGUUUUGGUUUUAGUACACGACUCUUCACUCUAACAACAAAACAGUAAACAUGAUAUAACCUAAACUUCACCUAAUUAUCGGUAGCUAAUCGUAUGUAUAUAGAAGUGUAUGUAUAACAAUUUAUCUGAAAUACAUACACGGGUAUACAUGCAUGUAUGUACAUGUAUAUGUGUCGAAUAAAAAUACGCUAAACUCGAGCAUUUAAAAUUUUGUGAAACUAAAGAAAUGUUUAAACUAAAUUCUAAAACAACUAAAUAAUAAUGUUAAAAGAAAAUCGCUUUAAAAUCAACUUAAAUGCAAAUGUUUAAAACAUCGUUCACCAUUGGCCCAAGAUAGUUGGUUCUGCUAUUGCUACUCAUGGAAAUGCAGCAUUGUUACUACUUCAAAAGAAGGCCACGAUUACUGACGCUCAUACUUCUUUUACACAUCUGUCUAUCGCUACCAAAUGAAUCUUGGGCUGGAUACAACGAAAAAAAACUCCUCCGUAAACUUUUAGACGACUAUAAUGUAUUAGAACGACCUGUUGCAAAUGAAUCUGAUCCUCUCCAGUUGAGUUUUGGUUUAACUUUAAUGCAAAUCAUUGAUGUGGACGAAAAAAAUCAGCUCCUUAUCACCAACAUUUGGCUGAAACUGGAAUGGAACGAUAUGAAUUUGAGAUGGAAUUCUUCGGAAUUCGGUGGGGUGAAAGAUCUCCGUAUUCCACCCCAUCGACUGUGGAAACCGGAUGUUCUCAUGUAUAACAGCGCUGAUGAAGGCUUCGAUGGGACCUACCCCACGAACGUGGUCGUCCGAAAUAACGGCAGUUGCUUGUACGUUCCACCCGGUAUAUUCAAGAGCACGUGCAAAAUAGACAUAACAUGGUUCCCUUUUGAUGAUCAACGCUGCGAAAUGAAGUUUGGAAGUUGGACGUAUGAUGGAUUGCAGCUGGACCUUCAACUGCAAGAUGACGCUGGAGGAGACUUGAGUAGUUUUAUUACAAACGGCGAAUGGGAUUUGUUGGGUGUACCAGGCAAACGCAACGAAAUCUACUACAACUGUUGCCCGGAGCCGUACAUCGACAUAACGUUCUUCAUCCUGAUCCGCCGACGCACGCUCUACUAUUUCUUCAAUCUGAUAGUACCGUGCGUGCUCAUCGCGUCCAUGGCCGUGCUCGGGUUCACGUUGCCGCCCGAUUCGGGCGAGAAGCUCUCCCUCGGCGUGACGAUCCUCCUCUCUCUCACCGUUUUCCUGAACAUGGUCGCCGAAACGAUGCCUGCCACUUCGGACGCCGUGCCGCUCCUCGGCACUUACUUCAACUGCAUCAUGUUCAUGGUCGCUUCCUCCGUCGUCUCCACGAUACUCAUCCUCAACUACCACCACAGGAACGCCGACACGCACGAGAUGUCCCAGUGGAUUCGAGUGGUGUUCCUGUGCUGGCUUCCGUGGAUAUUGCGUAUGCACAGACCGACCGAGAAGAACUCGUUCGUAUCGUCCCCGAGCCGAUCGGCGACCGCCGAACGGAAGCCGAUGCACUUUCCGGAAGUCGAAUUGAAGGAACGCUCAUCGAAAAGUCUAUUAGCCAAUGUUUUAGAUAUAGACGACGAUUUUAGACAUAACUAUAGAGGCGGGGGAACGCCGACGCCGCUCCAACCUGCUACGUUUUUUAGAACAGUUUAUAGGCAAAACGAGGAGAGCGGAACGAACGGUAACGGAGGCGGCGGUGGCGGUCCUCGUUUGCACGAUUCCAUCGUGGCGAAUCACGCCUGUAUCGGCGCCGAUUACGAAUUAGCAAUGAUUCUGAAGGAGAUCCGUUUCAUAACUGAUCAAAUGCGAAAGGAUGACGAGGCCGCUUGCGUCACCAGAGACUGGAAAUUCGCGGCAAUGGUGGUAGACAGACUGUGCCUUAUUAUAUUCACUCUGUUCACUAUCAUCGCCACGUUAGCGGUGCUCUUCUCGGCACCCCAUAUCAUAGUAUCGUAGCCAACCCCUGUUCCCGUCCCUCUGCAAAUCCCAACCAUAUUAUUACUAUUAUUAAUAAUAAAAUAGACGGAUAGUGACCUUCCUCUUUCAUAUACUACACAAUGGGUUGCGACGUUUUAAUAGAGCUUGGUUCGCCGUACCGUUUUCAUUUCUCAAUCCAAUUUGAUAUUAACGAUCGAUGAAACCAAAUAACGUUCGAGCUUAAUUCUCGAUACAAUGGGCGUUUUUGAACACGACUGGCUUGGGACGGACAAGCUUCAAGUUUCAUCAGGUGAGCCAAUUCGGGAUCUGAAAAAUUCAUAAAGGAUAUUAAAACGAAUGUAGUGAAUAUCCCAUUUUGAUUGACAAUUAAUCUGCAUUAAAGAUUUUUGUCGAUAGUGUCCUCUUGCGUGGGCAAUUCAUUAUAUUUUUCCAUUGUCGCUGCGGCUUUCGACAUUUUUAUACAAAAAAAACCAAAAAAAAAACAUAGAAAGUCUUCCUAUUUGUGGAUAAAAUCGUUUGCCCAAUGUGUACAUAUUAAAUAGGAUAUAAUCUAGUAAAUGGUCUAUCAUUUGGUAAUGGUAAUUUUUGUACCCGAUUCGGUUAUUUUCAUCAGGUUAAUUAGGGUAUUAACAUAAUCAUACUGUGAUAAUUCAAAUUAAUCGUUGAGUUUCUCAUGUUUAUGAAAGAUUUCUGUAUAUAGCUGCUCUUUGGAUAUGCUAACUGCUCAGCUUCAAUCUAAUAACUGAAGACUAAUUUAGUUGAGGCUCUUAAUCGCUUUUCGAGAUUUUCAGGUACACAUUUUGAUGCCAUAUUAUAGCUAGUAGGGAGGUGAAUAGGUAAAAUUAGAGAGUACCUGUUACGUUGGAACCUACUGAAUCGACUAAAUUAGUCCAAGUUGCUUACACUACUGUGAUUUUGUCGUUCGGCAAUUAAAAUCUUCUUCUUUGUUAAUUAAUCUAUCACAUUCUGAUGCUUUAAGACAUUACAUUCAUUACCGUGGAUACAGGUAUGAUUGAGUUAUUCUUCCUAAUACAUAGUUUUUGAAACUAUAAUUACAACUAUUUCUUGUAAAUUUUUAAAAUAAUUAUGCGUACCAUUGUUAAGAUAAUUUGGUGUAAAAUGGAUUAAAAAGUGCAAAUUUCAAGUGUUCUACGGUCUUUUGAGAGGUCGGAAAAAAAGCUUUAAUUUAAUAUACAUACCUACUAUAUUGCGACGUUAAGAAAAUGUUAAGAGUAUUCUAUUAAAGUAGUUAAUUAAUUGUAUCUGUUAAUCGAUUUUCUUCUGCUCUCUACUUUAAGAAGAGGAUAAAAAGGUAAGUUCUUGAACCGAAUUAAAUCUAGAAAAUACGCCAUUAUUCCAAUAAUUUUAUUGAUGUCAAUUUUAAACAUAUAUAAUUAAAAACAAUUUAAAACUCAAUUAUUAAAUCAAAACGACAAUAAAUAUUAAUGAUUUUAAAUAAUGACAUUUAUAUACAAAACAUUAACUUUAAAGUGUGUUAUUAAUUAUCAUUUCAUUAAAACAAAUACCGACUAAAUAUCUAAUAAUAAACGUGAUUUAACUAACAAAAAUUUGAAAAAUAUAAUUCAGAAUACCGUGAAACACUUUUAGUCUAGGGAAAUUGAAAUUUUUUAACAUUUAGAAAAAUGUUCUUGUUGUAAAUACAAUUAAAUAUGCACAUGAAGAAUUUUAUAAACGGUUUUUGCUUUCUAUGUUCACACUUAAAUGUGAUGCAUCGGGUAACACCGAUCAAAAAACUCUUAGUCAAUAUUUUGAGCAUUAAAUGCAUUUUUUUUACAUUCUUCAAUAAGACUUUGUUUCGAUAAAGUAUAUAUGUUAUUUGCAGUUUUAUUUUCAUUAAAUUUUAGAGCACUUACAUAUUAAUUGAACAUCACCUAUCGUUGAUUCAUUAACUGAAUUAAUAAUGGUGGUUGUUCUUUACAAAUAAUGUGAACACUGAUGAAUUUCGGUAGAUCAUAUUAAUCAAAAAUUGUAUUUGAAACGUUAUAUUGCAAACCUAGUAGCUUUUAUAAAGUAUACUAAAAGUUUUAGCUUAAUUGCAUAGAUUGAAAUAUUUUUGGUAAGUUAACAUAGCGUAGCGUUCGUUUCGUGCUGGAUGUAUGUUUAUUUAAAAAAAAAUAAUAAAACUGAAGCAGCCGUUGUUAAUUUUAAAAGUUUAGGUUGUGCAGAAUAAAUCCCAAUAUGUACGAGGGUCCAAAUUCUACGUGAAUCAAAAUUUUCUAUGUUCUCGUCUGAAGGUUUUAUUUCCAUAUAUAAAGAAUCGAGAAAUGCCAAAAGUUACGUAAAGAGAGAUCUCAACAUAACAUCUUCAAAUCGUAUAAAAAUAAAACAGAAUUCAAGCGAUUUUUUUGUUUCGAAUAAACGCUGCUUAGGUCACAAAUUAAAAAGGUUUCUAGCGCUUUCUAGUGGAUGUCACAUAUCACUUUAAUCUACUCGCUUCCAAAAAUAAAAUGUUUUAUUUCACGUACAAAAAUUAGUUGUAAUUCAUAUAUAAAAAAACCAACUAAAUAUGUGAAUAAGAAAUAGCUCGAAAGUUUAAUCUUAUAUCGCCCAAAGUUACAGCGAUGUGUAAGUUUCUCUUUCAUAUAUUCAAAUAUAUUGUUUGUUUUUGGAAAACGUAUUAAUAUUCCGAUUAGGGUGGUUAAUAAAUAGUUAACAUAAAACACGUAACGAUUUUUUUUUCGACCAGUGAAAACGAUUCAAAGCCGGUUCUGUACAUCCUGCUCAGAAGUGAAGUGUUCAGUUUGAGAACCAGCUCUGAAUCCAUUUAAAUUAUAAUACCUGCAAUGACAAUAUUUUAAUUAUACUUAUUAGAUGUUACGUAGUUUUUUUUGUAAAGAAAAUGUCACAUCUAAAAAAAAUAGCAUUGAUUUUCGAAAUCAAUUUAAUAGAGUAGCUGAAACUAAUAUUCAAUAUGCAUUAAAUAAAAAUAAAUAACGUGGAUGCUGAUAUUUUCUCGUUUUAAAAUGAUGCUAUCGAUUUGGGAUAGCUUAUCCAGAUUAUGUGCACCGGCCAUGAGUUGGAUACGUCGUCGCAAAUAUUUUGGAAAUUAUUUCGACAAUAUAUAAAUCUUUUGAUUUAUUUUAAAGGCUGGAUUUAGAAAAUAACUCGUAAGAAAUAAAUAAAACAAGUCUUUGAAAACGUCGGUUGUAGACCGGACGUUUCUUGUUACUUAGUAAUUAAAUAUUAAUAAAAUAAAAUAAAAUUAAAAAAAAAAAACAUAAAUAAAGUUAAUAAUUUAAUAAAAAAACAACAUAGUUGACAGUGUUUAUAGUGUUCUUAUAUCUAAAUAUAUAUAUUAUACAUAUAUAACUAAAAUAAAUGGCGUGAGAACGUCUACUAAAUAAGAACUGAUUAAAUAAACAAUUUGGUUUUAAAAUAAGGUUUAAAAAAUGACUCAAGUAAGUGUCCUCUUGAGUGGUUUUGCUUAAAUCCUUUGCGGAACGAAUUGUGACGUCGGUCUGUUCUUAAUUACCUAUUAAAUUAAUGUUAAGAUGACAAUUAAAAAUUGAUUGCACUUUACCGUUAGCUAUUUCAAAUCCAGACUUAAGUAAGAGUAAAACAACUUAGCUAAACCAAAUACGGGUAAUUCUAAACAAAACUUUUAAGUUUUGAAAAAAGAAACGCGUGAAGAUGAAGAUUGUAUAUUUGAAUAUGUAAGCGCUUAGUGUCAUCUAUAUCUCCUAAUGGCUUAAUAAACUGAGGGUAUGAGGUGCUAACGCUUGUCAAUUCGACGGACAUUUUCUAUAGUUAAUGAUUGUUUAAAAAAAUGUAACUUUUUCAAUAAUAUCCGUAUACUAUAAGAUUAUUUUAAUAAACUACCUAUUUCUCCAGUAAUACUAAUUACAAGAUACCUGUCUCUACUGAAAAUAAAACAACCUUGAAUAAAAAGCAAUGUUUCUUUUACCGUCAUUAAAUUUAAGCUACUUUAAAAAAAUUAGCUACUAGCUUAAAUUAUGUAAUCUAAAUGUUUAUAAUCUUCUAUUCAAAUUAUAAUUGAGAAGUAUGAACUAAGCUAAAGCUAAGCAUCAGUUUUGGAGGGCCUCUUUUAAUGGCAAAUUUGUGUGGCCGCACUGCAGUAAAUGUAAGUACUACUCGAUAAAUAGCUGUAAGACACUAAACCUCAUCACCUCAUAUUUAUAUGCAACCGUGGGUUCUGUACAUUUUAUUAAAAGUAGAUUUUAAACUCGAUAUGUACACAUUUGGGAUUAAAUGUGGCCCUAACAAAAACCUAACAAGUAUUAUAUAAAACAAACGUAUAGUUCACCGAUAUAAUUACCUAAUCUGCAGCAAUUUCAGUGUUUGUCUUACUACUUCACUUAAUUUACUUUAAGAAGAAAAGUAAAUGAUAAAUUCCCUUAUCUUCUAAGGCUAUGGCGUAUUCCUGUAAACUAUAUACUUAAUCUAUUAAAAAACGUAUAGGUAUAGUGACUUUUUUGUUGCUUUUUGCUUGAGGUCAUUUAAUUUUUCCAAUAUUUUCAGUAGAUGAAAUCUAUUAAUUUAAAAAUGCUCGGAUUUAACUAAAUCUUUGAAAAUGACAAUCCAUUACUGGUCACUAAAAUAAUGACUUUAAAAACAAAAUGUAAUAGUUCGAACAUGGGCUGUUGGAAUAGGUUGCGAUUAGCGAUAGUAAUUGAUCUCAAUAUAAUUAAAUCGUUCUUCGCAGUCUAUAGUUACAUCACUGUAAAGUGCUGUUUUCUACCAAACUGUUGUAAAUUUUAUUACAUAGAUUGAACUUUGUUAAAUGAAUUUUAAUUAAAGAUUCAGACAAG